AUGCAAACAAGUCCUCCAUGCCAAUAACCUGAGGCAAAAUAUUUAGAUAAUUAUGAAAAUUUCGAAGAAGUAACCACAACAUUUAAUUGUCUCCAAAAAAUUCAUUAACCUCUUGAACAAGAAGCAACUUAUUUUUUGAUACGUGCUCCAACUAAAGAUAAUGUUCAUCGGGCUAUUAAAUACGGCAUCUGGACUAGUUCGAGUCGUAAUAAUUAGAAAUUAAAUGAUGCCACACGUCCAGUUUACCUAUUAUUUAAUGUUACCCAGACAUCCCACUUUAUUGGAUUGGCUAAAAUUGUCAGUAAUUUCAGAGAAAACAUGCAUUUUAUGUAUUGGGCAGAGGAGAAUAAAUGGUUUGGGUCUUUCCAGAUUGAAUGGGUCUUUGUAAGAGAUUUACCAUAUAGCGAAUUAAGUUCAAUUUAAUAAUCUGGAGGAAAAUGCAUUCAUGAAUUAAUUGAUUGCACUUAAAUUGAAAAUGGCGAUUUGAUCUAUUCUGCCUUCUAAAAUUAACCAUAGAAAAGCUGCAUGUUGAAGACCUUUAAGGAAUUGGACAAUUCAGAGAAAAGAAAGAGAAAUGAAAGAGAUUCCAAUCCAAAUUUCGCAAUCUAGUUUUAAGAAUAUAUAAGUGUCUUUGAAUCUAUGCCAUUUACUUUUUCCGUAGCUUCUUAUUAAAGAAGAAAAUAGCAAUAGAUACAAAAUCAAUGUUAUUAAUAAUAUUAAUAUUAUUACUAAAGCCCUUGGUUUGGAGUUGCCUAACCUUCAUUUUGGAAUUAAUAACAGCAACUCUAAUAAUAGCCCAUAUAAUAACAAUACUAGUAAUAAUAAUAAUAAUAACAAUAAUAACAAUAAUAACAAUAAUAACAAUAAUAAUAAUAAUAAUAAUAAUAACAAUAAUAAUAAUAAUAAUAAUAAUAAUAAUAAUCUUUAAACAAUCCUGGUUUUUAUCAAACUUCUAAUUACAAUAGGCCCCAGACUUAAAAUCAUCAAAACAAUAAAUUUUAACAAAAGAAAUAAUUAAAUAAUAAAAAUAAUAUUUAAUAGAGUCCAAAAAAAUAAUAAUGA